AUGGUUGUUACAGUUGCGGAUCAACUAACGGAAGAACAAAUCGCCGAAUUCAAAGAGGCGUUCUCACUCUUCGACAAAGAUGGCGACGGCACCAUCACGACCAAAGAGUUGGGUACCGUCAUGAGGUCGCUAGGACAGAACCCCACAGAAGCCGAACUACAAGACAUGAUCAAUGAAGUGGACGCGGAUGGCAACGGAACGAUAGACUUCCCCGAAUUCCUCACGAUGAUGGCGAGGAAGAUGAAGGACACGGACAGCGAGGAGGAGAUCCGCGAGGCGUUCCGCGUCUUCGACAAGGACGGCAACGGGUUCAUCUCGGCGGCGGAGCUGCGCCACGUCAUGACCAACCUCGGAGAGAAACUCACCGACGAGGAGGUGGACGAGAUGAUCCGCGAGGCGGACAUCGACGGCGACGGCCAGGUCAAUUACGAAGAAUUCGUCACCAUGAUGACGUCGAAGUGA